AUGCCACGCUCAGAUGUUGAAUUCAAAACCGCUGACGGAGUUACUCUCCGCGGCUGGCUUUACACACCAACAACCGAAACUAAGGACCGUCUUCCAUGUCUGGUCAUGUCACAUGGCUUCACUGCACUCAAGGAGAUGGAUCUCGACACCUUCGCAGAACGCUUCACAUCUCAUCUUCCACUAACUUGUCUCGUGUACGACAACCGAGGAUUUGGUGACAGCGAUCACAAGCCUGGAAGCCCACGCCAAGAAAUUAUCCCCUCAAUUCAGACAAGUGACAUCUCAGAUGCUAUAACUUACGCACAGUCGCGAGACGAAGUUGACCCAAGCAAAAUUGGGAUUUGGGGUAGCUCUUACAGCGGCGGUCAUGUUCUCUGGGUUGGAGCUGUUGACAGACGUGUCAAAGCAGUUCUCUGUCAAGUGCCUAUGGUAGACGGAUGGGCGAACUUCCAUCGCUUGAUUCGUCCAGAUUAUAUUGGAGGAUUGAAUGCGAUGUUCCAGGCCGAUCGUCAAGCACGAGCAACUGGCAAAGACGCUGGCGUGCUUCCGGUGGUUGAUGCAGACCCCUCGAAGCCGUCAGCGCUACCAACCCCUGACGCCCAUAUCUUCAUGACUGAGUGGGGGAAGAAGAGCAACUGGAAGAACGAAGUCACUGUGAAAACUAUGGAAGCUCUUCGAGAGUACAAUCCCUCAGCCCAUGUCCACCACAUCAGUCCCACGCCUUUGCUCAUGACUGUUGCGGAAAAUGACGUACUCACGCCGACAGACCUCGCCCUUGAGGCUUACUCGAGAGCUCUGGAGCCGAAAGAGCUGCAUAUCUUGCCCGGUGGCCAUUUCGAUGGGUAUUCUGGUCCAAAUUUUGAACGCAAUGCCGGAAGGCAGGUUGAGUUCUUGAAGAAGACUUUGUGUAAGUAA